AAUAAAUUGGGUUACGUUUGACCGUUCAAAAAUAAUAAAACUGAAUGAUAUUUUGGUUCGGACUCCACCCAAACCAUAAAAAAAAGAAAAAAAGAAACCACAAAAUCAAAAAUCCUGAAAACGUUUUCUCCAAGCCACCACAGACCACCAUAUGAGCUACAACAAUCUGCCCUGUGUAACCACCUCACACUUAUCCACCACACCUCCAUUAACAAUGGAGCGAGCCGUUCUUCUCCGUUCUCUAUCUUCACGUGCCUGUAUUCGAACCUUCUCGAGCUCUUCUCACCGUUUAUCCUCCACUCGCCACCGCCUUAUCCCCAAUUUCCACCGUCGUUCUCCUCUCCGCCACCAUCUCCGCCACAUCUCCACCGCCCUACCGUCGCGCCUCCACUUCGGUACUCGCUUCUCGCCUGUUGUUACACCUAGAGCCAUCGCUACUUCAUCUCCGCAAUUCUCUCCAGAUGCUACUGGUUCUCACGAAGAUGUUGCUGAGAAGCUUGGAUUUGAGAAGGUAUCAGAGCAGUUUAUUGCCGAGUGUAAGUCGACAGCUAUUUUGUAUAAGCAUAAGAAGACUGGUUGUGAAGUUAUGUCUGUGUUAAAUGACGACGAGAACAAGGUCUUUGGUGUAGUAUUCAGAACUCCUCCGAAAGAUUCAACUGGAAUUCCUCAUAUAUUGGAACACAGUGUCCUAUGUGGUUCAAGAAAGUACCCUUUAAAAGAACCAUUUGUUGAACUACUGAAGGGGAGUUUGCAUACUUUUCUUAAUGCAUUCACAUAUCCUGAUAGGACAUGCUAUCCUGUUGCAUCUACAAACACAAAGGAUUUUUAUAACUUGGUAGAUGUAUAUCUGGAUGCUGUUUUCUUUCCCAAAUGUGUGGAGGACAUUCAGACUUUUCAACAAGAGGGUUGGCAUUAUGAGCUGAACAACCCUGAAGAAGAAAUAACUUAUAAAGGUGUUGUAUUCAAUGAGAUGAAAGGUGUUUACUCCCAGCCUGAUAACAUAUUAGGCCGGACAUCUCAGCAGGCUGUUUUUCCAGACAAUGCUUAUGGCGUUGACAGUGGAGGUGAUCCCACUGUUAUACCCAAACUCACAUUUGAAGAGUUCAAGGAUUUUCACCGCAAGUAUUAUCAUCCAAGCAAUGCCAGAAUUUGGUUUUAUGGAGACGAUGAUGCAAACGAGCGCCUGCGUAUCUUAAGUGAAUAUCUGGAUAUGUUUGAUGCAAGUCCAGCACGCAAUGAAUCAAAAAUCGAAACACAAAAACUGUUUUCAAAGCCAGUUAGAGUUGUUGAGAAGUAUCCAGCUGCUGAAGGUGGUGAUUUGAAGAAAAACCACAUGGUCUGCCUUAACUGGUUGCUUUCUGAUGAGCCUUUGGAUACCGAAACCGAACUUGCACUCGGAUUUCUUGAUCAUCUAUUGUUAGGAACUCCCGCAUCUCCGCUAAGGAAAAUUUUGCUCGAAAGUGGUUUGGGAGAUGCGAUUGUUGGCGGUGGAAUGGAAGAUGAGCUUCUUCAACCUCAGUUUAGCAUCGGAUUAAAGGGUGUUUCCGAAGAAAACAUUCAAAUAGUCGAAAGUUUGAUCAUGGACACACUUGAAAAGCUUGCAAACGAGGGUUUCAACAUGGAGGCGGUGGAAGCUUCCAUGAACACAAUUGAGUUUUCUCUUAGAGAAAAUAACACUGGAUCAUUUCCUCGUGGCCUUGCCUUGAUGCUUCGUGCUGUUGGGAAGUGGAUUUAUGAUAUGGAUCCAUUUGAACCAUUGAAAUACCAGGAGCCUCUAGCAGCAUUGAAAGCUAGAAUGGAAAAGGAAGGAUCAAAAGCAGUAUUUGCUCCAUUGAUAGAGAAAUAUAUUUUAAAGAAUCCUCACCGUGUAACGAUUGAAAUGCAGCCUGAUCCAGAGAAAGCAUCUCAAGACGAAGCGGUAGAGAGAGAAAAUUUAGAGAAACUUAAAAGAAGUAUGACUGAGGAAGAUCUUGCUGAGCUGGCCCGUAUGACACAUGAGCUAAAAUUGAAGCAAGAAACUCCUGACUCUCCAGAAGCUCUGAAAGCUGUUCCAAGCCUCUCCCUGCAAGACAUUCCCAAAAAACCUAUUCAAAUACCCAUUGAGGUUGGAGAUAUCAAUGGAGUAAAAGUCUUGAAGCAUGAUCUGUUUACAAAUGAUGUCCUUUACACUGAAAUAGUAUUUGAUAUGAGUUCACUGAAGCAGGAACUCCUUCCUCUGGUUCCACUCUUUUGUCAAUCAUUGCUGGAGAUGGGUACAAAAGACUUAGACUUUGUGCAGCUUAACCAGUUAAUCGGAAGGAAGACAGGUGGAAUAUCCGUAUUCCCUUUCACUUCAUCAAAGCGAGGGUCAGAUGCUCCUAUCAGUCAUAUCAUUGUUCGAGGCAAAGCCAUGUCAUCACGCACUGAAGAUCUUUUUAACCUGGUCAACUGUAUUCUUCAAGAAGUCCAGUUUGCAGAUCAAAAGCGCUUUAAGCAGUUUGUCUCCCAAAGCAAAGCUAGAAUGGAGAACCGAUUAAGGGGCAGUGGUCAUGGUGUUGCAGCUGCAAGAAUGGAUGCAAAGUUAAACAGUGCAGGGUGGAUCAGUGAACAAAUGGGUGGUAUCAGUUAUCUGGAAUUUUUGAAAGAUCUUGAAGAGAAAGUCGAACAAGACUGGAGCGGAAUUUCCGCAUCUCUCGAAGAGAUCCGCAAAACGAUUCUCUCAAAGAAAGGCUGUCUUGUGAAUCUCACAUCCGAUGGGAAAAACCUUACAAACUCAGAAAAAACCGUCGGGAAAUUUCUCGAUCUGCUUCCAAGUACUUCUCUCGUCACACCAGCUUCUUGGAAUGCACGAAUUUCGUCGAUAAAUGAAGCAAUCGUGAUACCUACUCAGGUUAAUUAUGUUGGCAAAGCUGCAAAUCUGUAUGACAUUGGCUAUCAACUUAAGGGGAGUGCAUAUGUUAUAUCGAAACACAUAAGUAAUACUUGGUUGUGGGACCGUGUUCGAGUUAGUGGCGGGGCUUAUGGAGGCUUCUGUGAUUUCGAUACACAUUCAGGAGUAUUUUCAUUCUUAUCUUAUCGCGAUCCUAACUUGCUAAAGACGCUGGAUAUUUAUGAUGGAACCGGUGAUUUCUUACGUCAGAUGGAAAUGGAUAAUGAUACUCUUACAAAAGCAAUUAUUGGGACCAUUGGUGAUGUGGAUUCAUACCAAUUACCCGACGCCAAAGGAUAUAGCAGCUUACUACGAUACUUGCUGGAAAUUACAGAAGAAGAAAGACAAGUAAGACGCGAGGAGAUUCUAUCAACAAGCUUGAAUGACUUCAAGGAAUUUGCAAAUGCAAUCGAUGCUAUCAAAGAUAAAGGUGUUGUGGUAGCUGUUGCAUCCCCCGAUGACGUCGAGGCUGCAAACAAGGAGCGAUCCGACUUCUUUCAAGUCAAAAAGGUCCUCUAAAAGAUAAACAAAAUUUACAAUUUUUGAUUUGAAUUUCAGUAAAAAAAAAAUUGUUUUAUUUUGAGAAGGAAUAUAACAUCCUUUAGUUGUGGGUAGCAUAAGUAGGUAGUGUGGGGGAGGUGAUAAUGAUCAAACAUGAGGCAAAGGUAGCUAUCUUAUGUAAUACCUUGUUUUCAAAUUACUUAAUUGGGUCAACACAAGCAGUCCCCUUGUUUGUAACUGGCUAAACUCAACUACAUUUGUACUUUCUGGUCCAUCCCUUAUCUUAUUAUUAUUAAUAUACCCACCUUUCCAAUGCCA